AUGACAGAAACGGGGUAUUUUCAGCAUUUUAUGUGCCUAUUAUCAGUCAGUUCUGCUGCCAAAAUACCUUCGAUGAUGCAGGUAUUAGGGCAUUUAGAACAGGUUCAAAUUUGCCAUGGUGGAUGGGGCUAUGGUUUGAUUGAUUUGAACAGCUUGAUCAGCAUGUACUCGAAAUGCGGGUCAAUUUCUUGCGCCAAAUCGAUAUUUGAUGAUUCCCUGAAGCUUGAUUCUGUGUCUUGUAACAUUAUGCUUUCUGGGUAUGUGAAAUAUGGUCUUUUGAAUGAUGCAUGUGAGCUGUUUGUGAAAAUGCCGGAGAAGAAUUGUGUGUCGUAUACGACUAUGAUAAUGGGGUUGGCUCAAAAUGGGUUUUAUGGCGAUGCGAUUGGGGUUUUUGGGAAAAUGAGGCACUCUGGUGUGGUCCCAAAUGAAGUGACCAUGGCUAGUAUUAUCUCAUCUUUUGCGCAUUUUGACGGAAUUCAAAAUGUGAAAGUACUGCAUUCAAUGGUGUUAAAACUUGGCCUUUAUGUGUUUGUUCUUGUUUCAACUAAUUUGGUUCACUUAUAUUGUGCGAGUUCACAUUUGGAGGAUGCUAGGAUGGUGUUUAAUGAGAUGCUGCAAAAGAAUGUGGUUUCGUGGAAUGUGAUGUUAAAUGGCUAUGCAAAGGCAGGUUUGGUCGAUUCAGCUAGGGAAUUAUUUGAAAGGUUUGUUGGCAGAGAUGUGAUUUCUUGGGGUACGAUGAUUGAUGGGUACAUACAAGAAGGGAGAUUAAGUGAUGCUUUGAGGCUUUAUCGUGACAUGGUGUGCAAUGGGUUGGGUCCUAAUGAUGUGAUGAUUGUGGGCAUAAUUUCAGCCUGUGCCCACGCUAAUGCAUCUGUCGAGGGUCAGCAAUUCCACUGUGUAGCAGUGAAGAUGGGGUUCGAUUAUUACGACUUCAUACAGGCAACGAUAAUUUAUUUUUAUGCUGCUUGCCGAGAAAUCGGUCUUGCUUUUUCGCAGUUUGAUCAAGGAAGUAAGGACCAUAUUGCUUGUUGGAAUGCCCUUCUUGCAGGACUAAUAAGAAACGAAAUGGUUGAUGAGGCCAGGCGUUUAUUCAAUGAGAUGCCCGAAAGAGAUAUUUUCUCAUGGAGCUCAAUGAUCUCUGGUUAUUCACAAAAGGAGCAGCCAAAUUUGGCUCUUGAACUUUUUCACGAAAUGGUAGGUAGUAGGAUCAAGCCUAACGAAAUCACAAUGGUCAGUGUUCUGUCUGCGGUUGCUACUAUGGGCAUUCUGAAAGAAGGGAUAUGGGCUCAUGAGUUCAUCCUCAAUAACUCAAUUACAAUCAACGAUAAUUUGAGUGCAGCGAUCAUAGAUAUGUACGCCAAAUGUGGAAACAUCAAUGCAGCCUUAGAAAUGUUUUAUCAAAUCCGAGAGAAGGCCAAAGAUGUCUCACCUUGGAACGCAAUUAUUUGUGGCUUGGCUAUGCAUGGGCACGCAGACCUCUCUUUAAGAAUUUUCUCUGACUUGCAAAGGCGUCAUAUAAAGCCCAAUUCGAUCACAUUUAUCGGAGUCUUGAGCGCGUGCUGCCAUGCUGGAUUGGUAGAAGCAGGGGAAAAGCAUUUCAAGAGCAUGAAAAGCAUAUACAAUGUAGAGCUGAACAUAAAACACUAUGGUUGUAUGCUCGAUCUUUUAGGCAGAGCCGGAAGAUUGGAAGAAGCAGAAGAACUCGUAAAGAGCAUGCCUAUGAAAGCAGAUGUCGUGAUAUGGGGGACACUAUUGGCAGCGUGUAGAACGCAUGGGAACAUGGAUAUAGGCAAAAGAGCGGCCGAUAACUUGGCAAGGGUACAACCAUCUCAUGGUCCUAGUAGGGUUUUAUUAUCCAACAUUUAUGCAGAUGCUGGAAGGUGGGGUGAUGCAUUUUCAGUCCGGCGAGCAAUGCGUAGUGAAAAAUUGUUGAGAUCACCGGGGUAUAGUGGUGUCGUGUAA